GGAGCGUUUCUCGCCUACUUCGCCUUGCCCCCUCCCCACGUCGCGGAACGAUCGGUGCGACGGUGCCCCGGCCGAACCCAUUCUGCCUGGCACCUGCGGGGUAUGAUCCUGGGCGGCCUGUGCCCCGCCCCCGCAUCACCUUGCCUGGCGUCGCGCUCGACCGCGCGGCCUCCUCAGCCCUGAACACCGCCCGCCCGCCUGCCGGGUGUGAGAGGAUAGGAUCAUAGGAGGAGUAAGGAGCGGGGCGGCGGCGGCGACGGCAUGAGGGCCGAGGCGACGGGCUCCGCGGCGAAGCUGCUGGCGCCGCGGAUGGUGGUGUCCGCCUCCAGCCGCGUCCAGGAGCUGGAGAGGUUCUCGCAUUACGUCGCUUUGGUUCAUGCGCCGACGCACGCUUUUCGGAUGUGAAUUCCAUAUUUCCGUCCAUGGUGUACUCCCGUACAGUCCUAUCAACUAGUGAACAGUGGUGCAAUGCAAGUGCAAGCGUGGAAGUAACUGGGGUAACUCCUUGGGGUUCGCAUGUCUGUUUGAUUUUUUUACUUGGCCCAGCCCAAGGUAUAUGGAUACGGCUCUGAAUACCAAUGCACAAGCAUCUUGACUAACGUAAAUUAUUAGCUUCCGUGGAGAGAUUUGCGUAGAACCAACUUGCUUAUACAUGGUUCUGUCGCUUUCACAUCGCACUCAAGAUCUAGAUUCCACAUGCGACAUAUUCUUUCUGAUUGACUGGCUGUGGUUGUUUCGCACCUUGGCUAUACCCCGAUUUUGUGCUCCUGGGACCUGCACUGUUUCUGUUUACUUUCCCCCACUCUUGCCAUGUCUGCUCUGCAUCGAUGAGAAAAUUCUGGUUCUGCUUUCCUUUUCAGCUAGGCAGAUCGGCUUUGACGAUGUGAAGGAAUGCCCUCACCUGUGCACGCUAGCUUACGAUUAUCUCAGGAAGAACAAGGGUUACGAAGAGAACAUUUUUGCGUUCUUUCAGAAUAGCAUGGAUCCCGAGCCCCUGAUUGUGAAGUUUAUCGAGGAGCUUGACAAAUGCAUAGUUGGCUACUUCUCCUUCCAUUGGAAAUAUGCCACUUACAUAAUUACCCAGGUUCUCACGGUAGAAGGUGCGACUAAAAGAAAGUUCAAGAAUUUUGUGUUAGAGGCCACCAGGGAACAGAGAUUCGAGAGAGUGACAAGAAACUUGAAGGUUACAAGGAUUUUCUCCACACUGGUGGAGGAACUGAAGGCCAUAGGACUAUCUAGCCGUGAUGAUUCUCCACGGAAUGAUGUGAUGGUUCCAGUAGCACACUGCAACCGCAGCCCAGUUUUACUCCUGAUGGGUGGUGGGAUGGGAGCUGGCAAGAGCACUGUACUUAAAGAUAUCCUUAAGGAAGCAUUUUGGUCUGGAGCAGCAGCGAAUUCAGUGAUCGUGGAGGCAGAUGCAUUCAAGGAAACUGAUGUAAUCUACCGAGCCAUUAGCUCUAGAGGCCACCACAAUGACAUGCUGCAGACUGCAGAGCUGGUGCACCAGUCAUCCUUGGACGCAGCCUCGUCGCUCCUCGUCACUGCACUCAACGAAGGCCGGGACGUGAUCAUGGAUGGCACUCUGUCCUGGGAGCCGUUCGUGCAGCAGACGAUAGCCAUGGCCAGGGCCGUGCACCGGCAGCGGUACCGCAUGGGAUGCGGCUACAAGCUCACAGACGAUGGGACAAUAACCGAGGAGUACUGGGAGCCGGUUGAGGACUCUAACACUGACGAGGAAAACGAAGUACCGGCAAGGAAGCCCUACCGGAUCGAGCUCGUUGGUGUGGUCUGUGACGCAUAUCUAGCGGUUGUCAGGGGAAUCAGGAGAGCUGUAGUCACUGGGAGAGCAGUGAGGGUGAAGUCGCAGCUGCAGUCUCACAAGCGAUUUGCUACGGCUUUCAACAGCUACUGCAGCCUCGUCGACAACGCCAGGCUCUACAGCACCAACACCUUGGGUGUUCCUAAGCUGAUAGGAUGGAAGGAUGGCGAGAGCAGCUUACUGGUGGAUCCCGAAGAAAUCGGCUGCUUGGACAGGCUACGAAGCUUGAACGAGGAGGCCGACUGCGUCCAUGAGCUAUACGCCGACGGCCAACCGACAGGAGGCUCGUCGUCAGCGUGGCAGGACCUGCUGGUCAUGUCGCCGUCCAGGGUGUCGGCGCAGCGGGAGCUCAAGGCUGCCAUCGAGAGGAACGAGGGGCGCUUCGUCAAACCGGCAUAGCCGUGUAGCUGCUACGUUCGUUCGUUAGUUCGGUUCCAACUUCCAAAGGAAUCGUUCCCUAGCCGGAUUGUUGAUCAGCUGGAACGAUUUCUGAAUAGAUUCCUUCGUAACCGAACAUGCCCUUAUCAGGCGCAUCAUCCAAAAACGGGGAAAGAUGAAGCUAAUGUGAUGCUUUGAUUGUGGAGGUGGCCUAUCUUCUUCUUUUGUUUCCAAACAUACGAAUUUCGCAAUGCAUUUUGUAUGAUGCGAUCCAAAACGCUUUGCACCGCAAAUUUAUUGCUUGAGAAAACUA